AUACCGAUACUGACCAUCUCUAUAAAGUAUGCAAACACGAUGAAUUAUUGAUAUUUCAGAAUGUGGGAGCUGGGUUAACAGUGUUUGCUUCCUCUACGCACAACCACACAACAGCCGUGGAAAUAAACCAGGAAGUGACAGCCUUCAGGUUGAAGAGUUUGAAAUUCGCGCCAUGAAUGGUUUCACUUUUCUACUCGCAGCACCUGUGACGCAGUUUUGUUCCACCAUCUAAAGGUGUAAUCUUGCAAUGAGUCAGCGUGAGGAGACAGGGGACAGGGUCCAUUCUUCUGAAACCCCUCUGCAUGGGGAACACGACAGCCAGACCGAAGCUCAGAGUAACGGCAGCAGUGAAGCUAGUGUGUCCAAGAGUCAUGUGCCACGAGGUGACAUCAAUAAUCGGCCAAAACGGCGGUCCUCAUGCAAGAAGAGGAGAAGUACGGAAAGCAAAGAUCCCUCAACAUCCAGGACACCCUGCAAGCCUUUAAAUUCAAGAAAUCUCAAUGCUGAUAUUAAUGUGUCGCCUCUCAGGAUGAGUACACAAUGUCCAGAGUCCUCUGACUCUGAUGCGUCCUGCAAGAGUUAUAUGUCAAAAGACAACAUCAUUAAUUUCAAAGAAAGACGAUCCUCUCUCAGAGCCCGUCUAAAAUGCACAGCUUCCACUGGAUCCAGCAGUAAUCCUUCACAAGGUCGCAUCAAUGCAAAAGAAAGACAUUCCUCUCUUCAGAAAAGCCCAAUGACCAGUGGGGGAAAAAGGUCAAGUUGGACACUGCGAAGUAUGUCAAUACCCUGGUUUAUUUAUGGAGGACUGUCAUUUCAAAUCAUGCAUCAAUUCAUGCCAACUCUAGAAGCCGAGUUAAAGUAUGUUACAUGGAAAGCUUGUAUUUUAUGGGUCAAUAAUGGAUACAUUCAGAAACUAGUUAAAAUCAUUAAAACUCUUGACCAUAAUACAACAAAUAUAAAAGAAAAUUAUUUUUUUUCGAGACAUUCAGUCCUUGUUAUUUUAUCUACUUUAUUGACAAUAUAUAUUAUAUUGAUAUAAAAUGUGUAUAUGUGUAUAUAACAUGUAUAUCUUUAUUGCUCACCCACACUUGCAUCUCAAAUCUUAGUACCUUAGU